CUCUUCCUUUGGUUGCCUGUGUUUAGAACGUCGGAGCACUAAGUCGUCAAAAUUGAACGAAUUCAGCUUAGAACUCGAAGAAAAGGUACCUCGGGUACCCAAGAGUACGAUAUGGUAAUGGCAGACAGAAAUUCCGACGACUAUCGCAAUGGAAGGCCAUCUAGAGGCGCUAGUCCGAAUUCUGAAGAUAGUAGUGGGGAUGAUUCCGAUCAAGAAAAUGGAAUGAGAGUUGGUGAUGAAUACCAAGCUGAGAUACCAGAUAUAAUUACCGGCAUUCGAAAUGACUCUCGGACAGAUGCCAUGCUCGUGUGGGCUCCAUCUAUUGAGAUGGAAGAUCUUAAAAUUGAUGAAUACACAACCAUUGCAAAGGAGAAGCAUGGUUACAACACUGAACAGGCAUUGGGAAUGUUAUUUUGGCACAAGCACAAUGUGGACCGGGCACUGGCGGACUUGGCCAAUUUCACCCCAUUUCCCGAUGAGUGGACUGUUGAAGAUAAGGUUCUGUUUGAACAGGCAUUCAGCUUUCACGGAAAGAGUUUUCACAGAAUCCGACAAAUGCUGCCUGACAAGUCUAUAGCAGCCUUGGUGAAGUACUACUAUUCGUGGAAGAAAACACGAUCUCGAACCAGUCUGAUGGACAGACAAGCCAAGCGACUUCACAGUCAGCGGGGCACAGACAGUGACAUGUCUGAUGAAGGUGAAAGAAAUUCUGAUAGCGACAGUGAAACUAAAGAGAAUGGGACUGUUGACAGGGACCACUGUAACAACUGUAAGGUGAAAACCACUCAGAUUCACGUCACACCCAAGGGUUCGCUCUGUAACUUCUGUUACCAGUAUUGGAGACGGACUGGUUUUAUGCGGCCCCAGGGUUCGAAACGCCACGAACAGCAACACAUGGUUCGAGCGCAUCCGAUGAAGCACAAGAGGAAGCCUCCGAAAGGAAUGUUCCUCACCAAGGAAGACAUGCUGGCCAUGUUGACCGGGCCCGCCGCCCAACCGGAAGCCAUCUUGAAGUCAUUAGAUUCUGAACACAUUGCUUUAAAACGCGAGGUUCAGAGUAACAAGCAGAUGAUCAGUUUUCAAAAAGAAAAGUUGGGAAAUGGUGUAAAAGAGUUCCAACCUCCAGAGGCUCCUUUCAAAAUCAAUGCCCGAUGGACAAACGAAGAGUUAUUGCUUGCUGUUCAAGGUGUGAGGAAAUACGGAAAAGAUUUCCAAGCGAUUGCCGAUGUCAUUGGUAACAAACUAGAGGCUCAUGUUCGAAGUUUCUUUGUCAACUUCCGCCGACGUUACAACCUGGACGAGGUCCUGGCAGAGUACGAACUGGAACAUGGGGUCGAUUCUUCCAUAAAGGAGGAAGAGGAAAAUGGGGAGACUGAAAAGAUGGAUGUUGACAAAUCUAUAGAUGGUUCCCCAUGUUCCAUAAACCCAGCAAGUAAUUCUCCCACCGCUGCAGCACCUCCCCCUCUCCUGAAACAACCCCCCGCUACAGCAAAAGGUUCCCCACCACACCACAGUCACAACAAUCACCCUCGCUUGAUGCCACAAAAGACUAUUCUGCACCAACCCCCACCUCUUGUCCGUCCCAGCUCGUCGCCGGGUAGCCAUCACACGAAGCCGAGCAUCAUGGCCGGUAUACACCCGCACACACAUGACUAGCAACGAGCAUGAUUCCACUCCAGUGAUAGGCAGUUAUUUAUACAGGUUCUACUUGCUGUGAUCGUCUUGCAACAAACUCCACAACAGAACUUCCUACCCUGUAGAAUAAUGGAAGGGAAUCGCUGAAAUGUUCCUGAACAAAUUUCAUUAAGUAACAAGACAUAUUUUCUCACAAUUCAGAACAGCUUUAUGCCGGUGACAGACAAACUCGUAGGUGGUGUGUAGUGUUCGCCGUGCGUUAUGGUGAGUUCAUCUUACCAGUAAUUCUUUUCAAUGUAUUUGUAAUACAGGUCACAGACUUACUCGUAGGUGGUGUGUAGUGUUCGCCGUGCGUUAUGUUGAGUUCAUCUUACCAGUAAUUCUUUUCAAUGUAUUUGUAAUACAGGUCACAGACUAACUCGUAGGUGGUGUGUAGCAUAAGCUGUGCGUUAUGUUGAGUUUAUGUUGCUAGUAAUUCUUUUUUAAAUAUAUUUGUAAUACUGGUGACGGACUAACUCAUAAGUGGUAUGUAGCAUUAUGUUGAACGCAUGUUGCCAGUAAUGUUUUUCUAUGUAUUUGUAAUGCUGGUGAUGGAUAAACACUGAGAUGGCGUGUAGUGUAA